CCAUCGCAGAGUUUAGAUUUAAUUUUUGUCGAGUCAGAACCUUAAAAAAUGACAACAAAGGACACUCAUUGAGCGUGACGCGCUCACCCUGGCUCAGCACGUGAGUUUUGGAUAACAGUCGAACAACGACAUGUUAAUCUACAUGUUGGGGCAUCAAUAUAUUGACAGCUGGAAGACACAAAAUCCCCCGCAGAAAUCAUUGAUAUAGGACUGUACAUCGAGCUAAGGGCCAAACGAAGAUGUGCCCACAAAAAUAGACCCUUUCAAGUUAAAUUUGCCUAUUAACGCGUCACAACCUGUCGAUAUUGCUGCUCGAAAAGAAUACUUUGGUUUCGUUUUAGAUCUAGCGCGCAAGCGAGUCGUAUCUCGUCGAGGUUCGGGUCAACAGUUUUGAUGGAGCGACAACUAAACUUGGUUUUUCCACCCCCUGUUAGAGGCAUGAAGUGUCUCGGUGUGUUCGUCCUGGCCUUCUCAAUUAGUACAUGCAGAUGACGGCUUACUUUGUCUGGGUCCCGGCUUCGUAUUAACAUAGCGUGUCCUGAAAGUCCUUUCGUGUUCUCGGCCGGUCUUGUUGUUCAGCGACAAAUGCUGUAUUUCGAGUAUCGUGUCCGACAAAAUCUUCAAUAUUCAUGGCUUUGACGAAGAGAUAUGUUAUCUCCAGAUUCCUAAUGGCUAGAACAAGGACGAAAUGUUUAUUUAUACUCUUUUUUUCCAUCGCCUUGUACAUCGUUGUUAGCUUCAUCACUCUACUCUUCCGUGAAAAUGGCGUCCUCGACGUUCCUGCUAGCUUCGUCGAAAGUGAAAAGCUCGAACUUUCUAGCGUAAACUUGCGUUAUCUUCCUCGGACAAACGUCGAAAAGCACGUCUGGCGUGGUUACGAGCAAGAGGGAGAUGCAGACGCCAGCGAAAUUUCUGACAGUAAUGAGUCCCGCAGUCAGCCACCGGACAUUGAAAGUGAAAAUAACGGCGAGGACAACAUGCAGGGACCUAAGCCAAGAUUUUUGUAUGUUUUUCGCUAUUAUGAACAGUUAGGCCGAGCCACUGCCAACAUUCUAGCGCUGGCUUCGCUAGCUAAAUAUGAGAAUCGCGCAAUUGUUGUUCCGUUUGUGAAUAACUCACGUAUGUCAGGGCUGCCAGGAGGAGUGAGUCACUACUACCGAAAGGUUGAAAAAGUGAAAAACUACGCUCCACUGGAUACAUAUUUCGACGUGCAAGACUUUAAUUUCAAGUUAGAAUCUCAUGGUUACAGUACUUUUAAGCGUUUUCAUGACCUCGAGCAUCACUGUUCGAACAGAUUUCAAGUCGUUGUUCACUUCUUGUUCGACAAGGAAGAUUUCAUGAAAAAUACGGCGUCGUGGUACAGAGCUAGUGAUGCGGAGGUGAAAGCUAUGUACAAACAAGCGAAGGAACACAAUGGCUGGAUUGAUUGCCCUUGGAUAAAGCGAUCUCGACUUAGUAAACAGAUCGGUUUUAAAAUAAGCCGGUAUGUGUGUGUGGACCCGGAAGUCAUAAGGUCUGGCCAAGAACUCGAGGACAAGGUUCUCCAAGGAGCAACCUGCGUUGGGAUCGUUCAGUGGAGAGGUACUGGUGAUGAACGCACGCAUUUUCCACUUCACCCAGCUAUCACCAAUCCACUUCAACCGUCUGAUCUGGAAUUUAACGCAAAUCUUGUGAGAAUUGCCAGAAAUUUUGUCAAAAACACAUUCAAGGGAAAAUUUAUAGGUGUUCAAGUGCGUUCGGAGAGACACGUGCAACGAAAAGGCGCGAACAUAACAAGGCGAUGUUUCGAAAAACUGGCUGCUCGGGUUCAGGAGUCACGGGAAGCGAUUCAUGCUCGUCAAGUUUAUUUAGCUUCGGAUUUGACUGAUUACGGCUCAGACACGCUCAGGGACAUUACAGGGGCGAGCGAUCGUCAAUCUUUAUCCCUUUUUUUACACAAGCUUCUUAACAACCCAGAAACAUUUGAUCCAACAGGGAUACUUUACGACAACGGAGCCAUUGCAAUUGUGGAAAUAAAUAUUCUCUCCAUGGCAACGCGGCUAUUCACCCUUGGCGGGGGAAAUUAUCAAGAAUGGGCUGUAGGGUUAUUUUUAAAGCGACAUAAUGACGAGUCCAGAAGAGUUCAUCGAAUGUGUGAACUGGUUUAACUUCUCGACCCAAACCGGCGAUGUUGUGGAAAAGGAGAGCUCUUUCGUUAAUUUGAAUGGAAACCACAGAGAUUGUUUUCUGCAAAAUUAAAAAGUAUAAUGCCGUCGCAAAGAAAAGAAAUGGAAGUCAUUUGCAUGGGAAAACCGCUGAGAAUUUUACGCUGACUGGAACCAUACAAAAGACGUUUAAUUGAGUUAAAAUCUUGAAGGUAAUAAACCCGGGUAUUAGCAUGUCAAGGCAAAUGGCCUCGGUGAUUUAAUUACGUCUGAUGUCCACACUAGUCCGUAUUAUUUGUAAACACACACAAAAAAAACUAAAGCGUUGAUUGAAGCUAAGUUAUGUUAAGCUGAUCAACCUUACUGUUUUUUUUGUCAUUGGAAUCGCCUGUUCG